CAAGAGACAAAACUUGAUUCUUGCUGCUUUUGGUAGAAAUUAUGGUCAGUAUGUGAAAUAGCCCCAAUAUGUCUUCAUAUGCCAAUUCUUCCUGCUAAUGCGAGACUAAGUCUAUCGCAGCAUAGUACCCGAAUGAACAGACUGUUACAAACUUGUUGGAUGCGCCUGUCACGACCAGUGUUGGCGGGUGGGUGGUUGACCCCGGCAAAUCCGGGCCCCGAUGUUGUCUUCCGGCCCGGCCCCGCUCCGAGGUUCAACGUCACCCCUCCGCUCGCCACCAACUCACCACCGACAACGGCCCGUCCGCUUAAAUACACCCAGCCAACACGCAGCAAUCUCCUUUGCUAAUCCUCCUACACGAUUUCUUAUAACCCAUCGACAAUGGUAAAAGUCACCAGCACUACCGUGCAGCUUGGUAGCUGCACGGUCGUCGGCCUGUCAAAGCCUGCAUCCGAGACACAGCCCCGAUCGCUCGACGUCUUUUUUGGUAUCCCCUACGCAACAGCGCAGCGCUUUGAACACCCGGUACCGGCUAUCCUGUCUGGCACGCUGGAUGCCACGAAGAAGAAAGACGGGUGUCCGGGUAUUGCCGCGUUUGGUAAUGAGGACUGCCUUCACGUGAACAUCACCCGUCCCACAGAGAGCGCUGCUGAAGGCGCUGGCUGGCCGGUGCUGGUGUACAUCCACGGCGGGGCGUUCAACUUUGGGAGUCCGCUGGAGCGCAACAUGGAGAGCGUUGUGUCGUGGAGCGAGCGGCCCAUCGUGGCCGUGAGCAUCGUGUAUCGGCUCGGCGUGCUAGGAUUUCCGGCGGCUCCCUGGGAAGAAGGUCGAAAGGCGUAUAAUCUCGGACUGAGGGACCAGGCGGCUGCGCUGCGGUGGGUUGUGGAGCACGUUGGUGCGUUUGGAGGCGAUGCGGCGAGUUUGACCGUGGUGGGGGCCAGUGCUGGGGCGCAUUCGAUCGGCCACCAACUCCUCUCCACCUCUCCACCUCCCUUCCACAAAGCCAUUCUUGAAUCCGGCUCGCCAACCGCCCGCGUCGUCCUCUCGCCAGCCCACCCGCGGUCCGCCUCCCAGCACGCCAGCCUCCUCAAGCAGGCGGGCUGCUCGUCCCUCGCGGGUCUGAAAGCUCUUCCGCUGCGUAGUCUCCUCGACGCUGCGGAGAGCGUCUGGGGCCAGUGGGAUGCGUCGGUUGAAUGGCCGUUCCAGCCGGUCGUCGACGGCGAAGGCGGCGUGAUCCCGGAUCUGCCGCUGAAGCUGUGGGAGCAGCGCGUUGCGGAUGGCCGCGCGGGGCGCAUGUGCGUCCUCACGGGCUUCUGCUCGCACGAGGGUAUCGGCUUCGUCCCGGGCUCUGCACAGUCCAACCAAGACUUCCACAACUUUUUCACGACCCUCAUCCCGUCCCUGUCGGCGGCUGAUCUCGCAGCCCUCGACGCGCUAUACCCGGACCCCGUGACGGACCCGUCCUCGCCGUACGUCCACCGCGGCCGGCAGGGUGCCCAGUUCCGCCGCCUGGCCACGGCCUACGGCGACUUUGCGUACAUUGCUCCCGUGCUGCACACAGCACAUGUCCUCUCUUCAGCCGGCGCGAGGGUCUAUGUAUACGAGUACGCGGAAGCAUCGCCCCCUUUCGGCGCCGCCAUGCACGGCGCCCAGGCCCCGGCCGCGGAGCGCGACGCCUCGCUGCUAAGGGGACGUCCGGGACUCGCCGAAACAGCGGUAGCCCUGCACGGCCGGAUGACACAGUUCGUGAGCAGUCCCGACGGCGAAAUGGGGGAUUCUUGGCCGGCGUUUGUCAGUCCUGGCACGGCGGAAACCCCUGGUUCGAUGGGCGAGGGCAGGAUUCUUGUCUUUGGGGCGUCGAGGGGUGAGGAGGCUGAGGGAGUCUAUCCGGUGCGGGAGAGGGUGUUGACGCUGGAGGAUAUGAGACGAAUGCGGUUUUGGUGGGAGAGGAUGGAAUUGGUUCAGGGGAUCGGAGAGAGGUUGAAUGUAUGAGUGAGGCACCAUAAUCGCCUUGGGCUGACUUACAAGGAAACUCGUCAGGUGAGAUGGUUGUUGAACACUCCCACAACUGUCUAUACCAACUUCAGACUAGUGGGCAAAAUUAAGGUCAAGACACUGAAUAAGCUUAACAAAGCACAAAGCUUUCCAAUUCGUUCCUAUAUACGUCUAUCCAUAC